CUUGAGAAAAAGGUGAAAUAAACGUAUCAGCCACAGUCUCACCCACGCGCGCUGCGAGUUUCAUCAUACUAUAGAUCUAUUGCACGCAGUACACACCUCACAGAGGAAUGAACACAUGAACCGGUCCCUUCUUGUGUGGUGAGUUUCAUCAUAAUCAUUAUUGCGCGCACAGGAGUGCUCACCUACCGGUAGACCUGCCUUCAUGUGUAGUGAAUCGCUUUCUCAAAAGAUUAACGAUAAAAUAAGACUAAUAAUAAUAUAGAUCUAGAUAUCUAGACCAAGUCCGUUCUCUGGUGUGUUAGGCCUUAAAGUGAAGUGGAAACAACGGCUUGGAACAACUCUGACUUAUCUGUGAGUGGAUCUGAAGCAAUACCAAGCAUACCUCAUGAAACUGUUGGCAGUUAGCGAAGGGUCUCAGGCUCACUGUGCCACGAUGUCAGUCUCAUCCCCUCCCACCCCAUCGCCUUCCCCGUCCUCCUCUGGCAAAGACCUGACCAACUUCCAUCAUCAGGGCGCAAGCAACAUUGCUCAGCUCAGCAGCAGCAACAGCAACAACAAAAACACCUUGACGAACUGUGGUAGUAGUAGCAGUAGUAGUAGUAAUCACCGCCAAAGUAACAAUAAUAACAGCAACGGCAGCAGCAGUAGCAUUAUCAAGAACGGCAGCAGCAGCAACAACAACAACAGCAGCAGAACCGACGUCACUAUGAACGGAAACAGCAUGACGAAGAGCAACGGCGCAGCGCGUCAUCAUCACCACCACCACCAACACAAACAACAACAACAACAACACAAUAAUUCGUCGCCCACCUCCAAACUGAACCGCUCGCUGAUCAUGAACCAAUCGCCAUCGUUGUCGUUGACGACACCAGGCGUGAGCCCAACUCCGACCGCGAAUCCGGCGGAAAACGAAGAGGAAGGCGACCAGCUGGAGAUCACCGAGCUGAGCCAUCAGGGCCAGCUCCUGUGCGGCGUCAACAGCCUGCGCCGCCAAGGCCAGUUCUGUGACGUGACGCUGGUGGUGGAGGAGCGCGAGUACCCGCUGCACCGCGCCGUGCUGGCCGCCUCCAGCCCCUUCCUCUUCGACUUCCUCGCGUGCCUGGAGGAGACGCAGGAGCUGCAGCCCACGUACAAGCUCAAGGACGUCUCGCAGAUCGGCUUCGAGUACCUGCUGGACUUUAUGUACACGGGCAGACUGCUUGUCCCUGUGACAGACGUCCCUGUGGUAUACACCACGGCUCUGCUUCUCAAAAUGGAGUCUGCCAUUCGGGCUUGUGCUGGUUUUCUGGCGAAACACCUGACUGCAGCUAACUGUCUAGGUAUUCGUCGCCUCCUGAAAGACAAAGAGAUGAAAGAAGCAGUGGAUGAGUAUAUCAGGUGUAACCUGGCAGACAUUAUGAGCAGCAGAUCUUUCUUUGGACUCACUGAUCUGCAGGUGGAGGUUGUUGGUCUGGAUGAGAACAUCAAGGAUGAGACGAUGGAGAGGCGUCUGUUCUCUCUCGUUUUGGACUGGGCCAAGAAUAAUCUGAACGAUCUGAAGCCCAAGAUGGAAAGACUCACAGAGAAGGUAAAUGUACUGUACCUGGAGUCGGACAACACACUACGGGACUGUGCUGACGUUGAGGACACCGUCUUGAGUAGUGACGAUGACAUGGUGCAAGACUACAAGAUAAUGGCUCGGAGAAGGAGUAAAACCAAUUCCAAAGGUGGCAGUCAGCGCUGUGCCCCCAGUGGUAACGGACCUCAGCCAUUUCAUAAAUUCAGUCUGAACCCAGAGGAAGCUCUGUCGGUGGCUGAGAGAGAGUGGUCUAUCGUUGCCACUUGCAGGACGAAUGAAAAUGCCUACCUGGCCAUCGCCCUCCUGGAUGGACAUCUCAUGGCUAUCUCGGUCCACGUACGUCCACCAGUACCCGCCCACAAUGACUCGAACGGUUCUGGUUCUGGCUCAGGGCCCAACUCCCCGCCUCUGUCUUGCAACGGCAUCAGUUCGGCUAACGGACUGCUGUCCAGCCCUGUAAUCCGCAAGGCAUCCAUCAACCCGCUGGAGGGAAUGAGCAUGGCCCGUUGUGCCAUGGGAGCUGUGGCUCUGGGAGAUCAGCUCAUCGUGUGUGGUGGUUAUGACAGAGGAGAGUGUCUGUCCAGCGUGGAGGCUUUCUCUGUGACGGACAACAACUGGACCUCUCUGUCGGACAUGAACGUGUCACGAGGUCGCGUGAGUGCGGCUGAGUUGGACGGCUACAUCUACGUGUGUGGAGGCUCGGACGGAUGGAAAGAACUCUCAUGUGUGGACAGGUACGACCCUGUGGCAAAGAAGUGGAAGUUUGUGGCCAGUAUGCUGAAGGAGCGAUCGUCCCAUGGCAUGACCACCCUGGACGGCAAACUGUACUGUAUUGGAGGUUGUGAUGGUCAGCGGAGCAUUGCUCAGUGUGAGGUCUACGACCCCAGCACUAACAAGUGGUCGAGGAUUGCUUCUCUAAACACAGCCCGUUCCCAGACAUGUGUGUGUGCCUUGAACGGCCUCCUGUUCGCCAUCGGAGGCACGGACCUGUGGAACACACUGAACACUGUGGAGGUGUACAACCCUGAGCUGGAUGAGUGGACCGUGCACUCUCAGCUACACAUCGCCCGCAGAGGUGCUGGGGUGGACAUAAUCAAUGGUCUGAUGGUGGUGGUCGGUGGUAGCGAUGGAGCACAGUCGCUGGUGUCCACUGAGAUCUAUGACCCCAGCUCUGAGCUGUGGAUGGUGGGACCGCCUCUGACCACUCAGCGUGCCAACCUGAGUGCGGUGACCAUCAGUGACCGUCUGUUUGCUGUCGGUGGCUUCAGCGGCAAGAAGUUCUUGAACACCCUGGAGUGGCUGGACGUGGAAGGCAUGGAGUGGUUUGGCCACGCCCCUCGCAAUGACCUCGAGAACGAGGUUGAGGCGAAUGGGCAUGAUGAUGAUGAUUUCAUUGAUUCUGAGAAAACUGCCGAUGCAGUGAAUAGUAGUAAUGAGAAAGAUGUUUGUUUUGAUUUCAAGGGUGUAGAGAACAGACUGAAUGAUGUUCUCAAGAAGAGUGACAGUAAUUGUGUGAAUGAUGACAAAGUUGGCAAAAACUGCAAAGCAAAUGGUUGUGUUAAGGAAUUGAAUUAUGAAAGUGAAGACAAGAAGAAGUCGCUUCCUUCGUAGUAAGACGAAUCAGCGAAUGACCCUGAGCUGAUGUUUCUUAUUUUUGUACCACCAUUUGUACUUUGUAAAUUUUUUUGCUCUUUUCAUUUUUCAUGACAUGCGGGAGAGGAUAGGAGGAGUUGUUAAAAGAUGGUUUGUGAAAGACGUUAACCGUGACAAGAUGUAUAUAAAACAGAGGAGAACUUUUGAAGUUCAGUUUGUUCCAGUUCUCCUUUAGCAUUUGCUACUGAGGAAUAUUUUGAAAGGAUUUCUCUGGGCUGUCUCAUUGUUAAAAAGUGAAUUAAGCGGAGAUAAUCAGUACAGCAGGUAGUGGUGUUGUUUCAGAAUAUUAUAUUGACGACUAUUUGUGCCAUUUUAUGUGUAUUGUGCUGUGUCUCAUCUUAAUUAUUUACAUGGAAAUGGAAUGCUCAGACCAUUCCAGAACCUGACCAUUCAGACAUUUGGGUGUCCUGUUUGUGCAGGUUUAAAUAGAACUUCUCUCUUGAUUUGUUAACUUCCUGUAAUUUUAUUAUAAUUUCUGUCUUCUGUCGAGAAUGGGAGUGAGUUCUUGUUGUUUAUCUUGUGUCUCUGGUGAGAGCUAUCAGAAAGGUAAACUUGACUGCAUCAGAGUAGCUCAUAUGUGUGAAGGACAAAGCAGCGAAAAGGAACGGCUUAGUGAAUGUAAAGAUACUCGACCAAUUAAAGAUAUUGUAACUAAUGAAAUGUGAGGCGUGCCGACAAAAUCAGUUACUUCUCAUAGUCUUCAAAUGGAGAUAUUGGCCAAAAAUCGACAUUAGGGUCAAAUUUGUAGAUUUUCUAUUGAUGCCAUAUUCUUGAAUGAUAACCUGUCUUUUAUUAUUUCGUAGGCCUACUUAUGAAUUAUAAAAACUUUGCCUAUAAGCGUGAUGUAUCUAUUUCCUUACAGCAUAAAUCCAAGAAGUAACUCAUUAUGUCAGAUCGCUUCACAAAUGUGUUUCACUCAGUACGUGGUUAUUCAUACAUUUAUGAAGAGCCCAGUGAUUAGCUCUCAUGAUAUGAAUUAUAGGCUUUUUCAGAAGUUUAUAACUUGAAAAAUUCAGAUCUUGCUGGAAAACUGAAAGAGAAGAGUUAACUUACUGCAAAAAUCUUAAUGAUAAUAAUUACUGCACUUCCACAGUGCCUCUCAAUGCUCAGUAGCAUAGUCAGCAGACUCAGAAACAUUCUCGGCUUCCUGGGAAGCAUACAGUACUAGCAGCUGCUUAAGCGCUCAAACACUAACAAAUUUAUGACAGCCAAGUACCCAAUAUAUUAGCUGUCUGUGUUGCGAAAAUUGAUUUGUCUGUAAUGUAUAUUACUGCUGAUAUUCCCCCUGACAGUGAAAUUUAGCAAUGCAAAAGUCUAUGAUCUCAGAGAUUUUGUUAGUUGAAUGCCGUUUUCUGAUUUAUGUUGGUCAUUUUACCUCCACUUUUGAAACACAAUUGUACAGACAUUUUGUAGAACCUAACCCUUCCUCCUACUUCACCCUCCAAAUUUCUCUUGCUUUACAAAUGUUUAUUGACGUAAGUCAACAGUUGCGCACACCUUUUGGAUUAAAAAUAAAGGAAAGCAUUUCUUUCUGGUCCAGGGUUUAGCAUUGUCAAGAGUCCUUUGCUGUCUCAAAGAAGGCACCAGAAGAGAGUGUGUGUUCCCUUUGAUGUUGGUUUGCAGAUGUGUUUCGUUGUUGUGUAAAUUUGUAUCCAGGGAAGCAGAUGUUCAUUGCUGCAUGUUCCUUACCUGCAGCCUAUAUCAAGCCAAAAGCUGAUGUAACUACUCUUUGCAGACAAGAGAGCUGUCAAUACUUCUGAGGAGUUUUAAAACAGUUCACUACUACUAAUCAUAAUAUUUUGUGUCUAUGUAACCUGAAAUAACUGCACAACUAUAUUUCUGAGUCAGUUUGUUUUAAAUGGGAUGAAAAAUAAAGCGUUGUAGCUUUUCACUAUAGCUUACGUUUUGGUCCAUGAUCAUCUUUUCUUUGUAACAUUGUUUUUGUUAUCUUUCUUAUUAUUUAUAAGAAGUAGUCGGAUCUUGUGUUCUGAGUAUGAGCCUUUUUUU